AUGGCAGCCAUGGAGUCGUCGAUCAAAGCCAAUCUCGUAGCCUCUGUGCCCGACACAAGCGCCUCUCAGGAGAACAUGUCUCAAGCUAAUUGGCUCCUGGCCCGGGGCAUCAAGGUCAAAGACCGUGUUCGAUUGGCCAAGCUCUCCCACAUGCGAUACCAGACUCCUGAUUUGGACGCAUUGUGUGAUUUCAUGCUAAAUUUCGGAAUGGUGAUCGCAAAAAGAACCGAAAAUGAAGUCUGGUUCCGAGGCUAUGGAGUCGAUCAAUAUGUCUACUAUGCAACCAAAGGACCGAAGGAGUUCUUGGGAGGAGUAUUCGCAGUUGACUCGAAGGAGGAAUUCGAGAAGGCCUUGAAGGUCCCUGGAGCAUCCCGAGUGCAACAUUUAUCUGAAGCCCCGGGAGGAGGUCAGAUGGUGACUAUUGUGGAUCCGGACGGCUUUCUUUUCAAUGUGAUAUUUGGCCAAGAAAGACGCGAAGAUGCCUCUACAGCUCCUGCCGAGAAGUUGAGGGCCAAUUAUCCAAACGAGAAGCAGAGGAUUCGUCAGUUCAAUCGCUUCGAACCUGGCCCCGCAGCUGUGCACAAAUUGGGCCACUUUGGCUACACCACAACACGCUUCGAAGAGCUCCUUUCGUUUUACACCUCCCAUUUCAAUAUAGUCCCAACAGACUUGCUUUACAUGGAAAACGAUGGCCACAGAAUAGACGUGACGACGUUCAUGCACUUGGACCUGGGUCAAAGCCCCACAGACCACCACUCUUUCUUCCUCGGCGCCAGCCAAACGGGGUCUCACGUUCACCAUUGUUCAUUUGAGGUCUUUGACUAUGAUACCCAGCAUUUAGGACAUCAAUGGCUGGCCAGUAAGGGCUAUCGAUCUGUCUGGGGCGUGGGCCGGCAUAUCCUGGGAUCCCAAAUUUUCGACUAUUGGUGGGACCCAGCAGGAAACAUGGUUGAACACUACGCUGACGGUGAUCUGGUCAAUGAAGACACUCCAGUUGGGAUUUUGCCGGCGGGCCAUGAGUCCUUGGCUAUUUGGGGACCCGAGGUUCCGCUGGCUUUCCUGCAAUAG